AUGAAUCGUCCGGGAACCACCGCAAGGACGAAGGUAGUUCGCAAAGAGAAGGCGCCUCCAGAGGUUCCUGCAAUUAUUGUUGAUCCAGAGAGAAACAUCAAAUAUGAGAAAGGUCGGUUUCUCGGCAAAGGAGGUUUUGCUCAUUGCUAUGAGAUAACGAACAUUGCAACUCGUGAGGUUCUCGCCGGAAAGGUUGUGCCGAAACAAUUACUCGUUAAACAAUAUCAGCGAGAUAAAAUGGCUCAAGAAGUUCAAAUUCAUAGAAAUUUGUCACAUCCCAAUGUUGUCAAGCUGUAUCAUUUUUUUGAGGAUCGAUUAAAUGUUUACAUAACGUUGGAGUUGUGCCCGAGAAGAUCAUUGAUGGAACUUCAUAAAAGAAGAAAGGCUGUCACAGAACCCGAAGCAAGAUACUUCACCCACCAGAUCGCCGAAGGAGUUCUUUAUCUACACAACUUAAAAAUUAUUCAUCGCGAUUUGAAACUGGGCAAUUUAUUCCUCAACGACGAACUUCAAGUUAAACUUGGUGACUUUGGAUUGGCGACAACGGUGGAAAAUGAUGAGCGAAAGAAAACUUUAUGCGGAACUCCAAAUUACAUUGCACCUGAGGUAUUGAACAAAAUUGGUCACUCAUUUGAAGUCGAUAUUUGGGCCGUCGGAUGCAUUUUGUACAUCCUUCUUUUCGGUCACCCACCUUUUGAAUCAAAAUCUUUGGAAGAGACUUAUUCACGCAUUAAGCAUAAUAACUACAUUAUUCCGAAAACUAGUUGUGCUUCGGCGGCGGCGUUGAUUCGUAAAAUGCUCGAUCCAGUGCCAGGCAGACGACCAACAGCAAAACAGAUUCUUCGAGAUAUUUUCUUCAAGAGUGGGUUCAUGCCAUCGCGAUUGCCUGUUUCUUGUCUUACUAUGGUGCCGAAAUUUGGACGCGAUCAAUCAUUUAUGGAAGAAAAUAUCUCACCGGGUGGCACUGUUGAAAUGAAGUCCCCGAAGCCGACUGGCAGAGUUGGACUUGCGCCAAUUCCACAAUAUCGCAUUUCCGCAAAUACUGACAGAGAAAGAGCACAACAACAAGCAUCGGAAGCUACGUUUAGAGAGCCGAAUGAUGCGUAUUUGUCCGAUUUAUAUCAGCAAGUCUGCGAACUUCUCGACAGACGAAUUCCAGAAUUGGAAGAAGCUGAGGCUGUUCUUGACGAUUAUCAGUCGCCAGAAGCACUCCCAGUUUUCUGGAUUUCUAAAUGGGUUGAUUAUUCGGAUAAAUAUGGCAUUGGAUAUCAAUUAUGUGACAACUCGGUCGGAGUUUUGUUCAACGAUAAUUCGCGUAUAAUGCUCGACGAAGCUGGAAACGAAUUGACAUAUAUUGAAAAGAAUAAUAAAGAACAUUAUUAUUCAAUGAAUAGCGCGCUUCCUGCUUCUCUAAAUAAGAAAGUGACGCUUCUGAAAUAUUUCCGGUCAUACAUGAACGAUCAUCUAUUGAAAGCUGGAGAGGGAUUAGCAGAAAGAGCUGGUGAUGAUUUAGCUCGUCUUCCGACACUCCGAGUUUGGUUCCGAACCAAAUCUGCCAUAGUUUUGCACUUGUCUAACGGAACUGUCCAGAUUAACUUUUUCAACGAUCAUAUUAAGAUGAUGAUGUGCCCUUUGAUGCAGGCAGUGACGUUUAUAGACCAACAGAAGAGAAUGCUCGUUUACAAGUUCUCAAAUCUUCAAGUCAAUGGAUGCCCCGAAAAAUACUUGCAUCGUAUCAAGUACGCCAAAGCCAUGAUCGAACGUUUGAUGGGAGAUUCACUAACGCAGAAAAAUCAAGCCGCAACAAAUCCAAUGCCAGCCACGUCAAGCAAUUUGAACCUUGCCGGCCCUCCGAACAUGCCCAUUCGAAGACAAUAG